AUGAAGCUGAAUUCUGCCAAGUGUAAAGAUAUGAUUGUUAACUUUCUUCAUUUCAAUACUAGUGUUUUGCAACCUAUCAUCAUUGGUGCAACACGCGUGAAAUCUAUUUCCUCAUUUAAACUGCUCGGAGUGUAUGUUACCAGUGAUUUAACAUGGUCUGUGCAUUGUGAAUACAAUAUUAAGAAAUCCAAUAGUCGUUUAUAUGCGUUGAGGAAGCUUAAGAGGAGUGGGGUAGCCCCAAGAUCAGUAUUGGAAUACGCUUCUGUCGUUUUCGCCAACCUUCCCCAAAAUCUUAGCGACGAUCUUGAAAGGGUCCAGAAACGAGCACUAGCCAUAAUAUACCCUAACUGUUCCUAUGAUGAUGCCCUAAAACUAGCGGGUAUCGAACCGCUUGUCUUACGGAGGGACGCCGCCUGUAAGAGAUUUGUGGAGACAAUCCUACCUGGAAACCGACUCUAUCCAAUUGUUCAUAGCCGGUCAGCACCAGUGAACCAUGGUUAUAAACUUAGAUCUGACAAUGUUGCGAGGAAUAUCAGGAUGCGAACAGACCGGUUCCAGAAAUUCGUUACCAUUAAGUAUGCGACCUGA